AUGUAUGUUCAAUGGAUAUGCCUGGGCCCUUUUUGGCGGAUCCAGUCGCUUUUGUUCGAGUCCCGGCGUCCGGGAUGCUCGGUUGUGCCUCGCAUGCGUAACCUCUCGGCAAGACGCUCCUCCAGUUCGGGCCUGGUCUGUCUGGCUGGCCGGAAACGAGGCGACUCGGCACACAUCCUGUCAGUGUGUCAGGCUUGUCAUGAUUGUUUAUUCGCUCGGCGACGCCCGCUGCCGUGGAUACGUCGUAAUGACCAGUCUCGGAGAGACGAGUCCCAACUGCAGACAAGCCGAACAGACGGAGGAGUUGAGUGCCACUUAAACGAUUGGGUCGGCCGACAAAAGACGCGAUUUUACGCGUCGCCAAGGGGCUCAGCCUGGGAGGCGGGGAGGGGCAGGGAAGAAAGCCUCUUCUACAGGUGCCCGUGUGUUGCCAUACCGUGUCCAAGUGGGCCUUCCGAGAACGUUGUCUCAGAGCUGGGCCGGGCGUACAGGCUGAUCGGGGCAGAGUGUGGAGGAAAACACUCGUCCGACCGGGCCGGAGUGCAGAGUCGGAGCCGAGGGUGUGAAUUGGCGUCGUUGCCUCCGCAAUCGACGAACUCCGCACUCUGGACACCCGAUUCAGCCCACCUCGAGACCCACAUGCCCAGCUCAGCCCGAGCCUUCAAGACGUGCCCGUCGGAAGGGACGACCGGCCGAGAAUUUGCGGCUCGUUCUCGUCCCUUUACAACUUCCGUUUUGUCGGUUAUGCAAGAGGGCAGCCUGGCCUUCUGGUAUGAACCCUACUUUGACGCCGCUCUUCUUCUUCUUUUCGGUUCACCUGACGCCUUCUAA